GGGGAUCUGCCGGACCCUUGCAAAUUCAAUUUCUUUCCCAUUCCAGGCCCUUCCCUAUCGUCGCCCCAUUCACCUUGGAUCACGUUCAAGAAAUUUGAUGAAAAAGAAAACGUGUCGAACUGCAUCCAGUUGAAAACCUCAGUUAUUAAGGGUAUUAAGAAUCAGUUGAUAGAGCAAUUUCCAGGUAUUGAACCAUGGCUUAAUCAGAUCAUGCCUAAGAAAGAUCCUGUCAAAAUAGUCCGAUGCCAUGAACAUAUAGAAAUCCUUACCGUAAAUGGAGAAUUACUAUAUUUUAGACAAAGAGAAGGGCCUUUUUAUCCAACCCUAAGGUUACUUCACAAAUAUCCUUUUAUGUUGCCGCACCAGCAGGUUGAUAAAGGAGCCAUCAAAUUUGUACUCAGUGGAGCAAAUAUCAUGUGUCCAGGCUUAACUUCUCCUGGAGCUAAGCUUUAUCCUGCUGCAGUAGAUACCAUUGUUGCUAUCAUGGCAGAAGGAAAACAACAUGCUCUAUGUGUUGGAGUCAUGAAGAUGUCUGCAGAAGAUAUUGAGAAAGUCAACAAAGGAAUUGGCAUUGAAAAUAUUCAUUAUUUAAAUGAUGGGCUGUGGCAUAUGAAGACAUAUAAAUGAGCCUCAGAAGGAAUCCACUUGGGCUAAAUAUGGAUAUUGUGCUGUACCUGUGUUUGUGUCUGUGUGUGACAGCAUGAAGAUAAUACUUGUGAUUAUGCUGAAUAAAUUCACCAGAUGCUAAAAAA